UUCUUCCUUGUAACUGUUACCAAGGUAAUGGUAAAUGGCAGUAUAUGAAGGAGGAGAAGGCGACCGAUUUCAAACAUGAGAUCACGGGACUGGAGCCGCAAGCUACGUACUAUGUUAUGGUGAUUGGCGAAGACGAGGUAGGGAUCACGGCGUCCAGCAAACAGUCAUCGGUUGGCACGAUGCCAGAGGAGAACAAAAUGGCUGCCGUUGAAAGUGGUAUAGAACAAACAGGCUCAGGAAAUGGAACAAUGAUGGAUUAUGAUUUUGACGAGUAUGAAGAUUACGAACCCGAAUUCAGUGAAAAAACUACAGAAAAAUACACUAGUAUUAGCCCCCCUGUCUUAAACACUACUGAAAACAGUUCUAGUGCAAUGGAAAACAGCAAUAAAUCUCUGCCGAUUCCAAGUGAUGAAAAUCAUAUGGAAAUAUCCGCUUCAGAUUUUCAAAAUACUACAGCAUUGUUAUACUCUACUACUACGACAAAAUCCAUGACUGCAAGCACUAGAAUUAAUACCACUGUAACUGUUUUAAGUAACGCCACAACUAUUUCUUUUACAAGCAAUGACAAUAGAGAGAACAUAAGUACUGUAACCACAAAGAAAAGUGAAGUGCUAAUGAAAACCACUGUUAAUUAUGACCUGUCCAAAUCUUCUGAAAAACAGGACCAUACGACGGCUGUUCGAUCUGAUCAAGAUCAGGUGACUAGGUUUACUGUUGUGCAAACUACAACAGAUAUGAAGAAAGCUAAAACCACAAGAACAUCUCAUCCUACAGAUGAUACUAGAGUUCAUAUUGUGACCAAUGAAGUGUUCACUGUGACCUUGAAACCCAAUGGUAGACCCAACCACUGGACCCCAAAGCUGAAAGGUGAGGAGACCAUGACUGUCACGGUCAACACUGGAGAGGCAUUAGAUCUCAUGUGCAGAGUGGAUGGCAGCCCGGUUCCAAGUAUCACGUGGCUGAGGAACGACAUUCCCAUAGUUUCUGGAGAAAGCGCCGUCGUCACGAGUUACAGCGGAAUCCCCGAUUCUCGGUUAGUUGUGCUCAAAACGGACGAGAACAGUGCAGGACUAUUUAAGUGUGUCGCAGAAAACUAUUUAGGUUUAGCCGAACAGAAGUUUUGGGUCAUGUUGAAGGAAGUUCCUUGUGCUGUGGUAGGUAGCCAUUCGGUGGUGUGGACGUCCUCCGUAACACUGCUAGUGUUGUGUGUUUUAUCAUCUGUACUGGUUUAACUCAUCACAGAAAGGCCAGGGCUACUACAAUGCUGUAUCCAUUCUUCAUCUCUUUGCCAUGCAGAGGCGGAUCCAGAAUUUUGUAAAGUGGGGGGGGGGUCUCAAAAUUCUGAAAAGGGGCACGUCAAGAGUUUGUUGAAGGAAGGAAAUGUUUUAUUUAACGAUACACUCAACACAUUUUAAUUAUGGUUAUAUGGUUAUGGACAUAUGGUUAAGGACCACACAGAUAUUGAGAGAGGAAACAUGCUG